ACUUCACAAUUUACUCACAACACCGAGGACAAAAUAUCAGCCUGGGGCAGAUAGCCUGUGAAAAAACAGAAAUCAUCAAACUGGUUGACAUAUGCAUGCCAUGUUCUGAGGAACAAAAGGCUUUCUUUACCCCCUUAUUAUGUUGGGAAAACAAAUGUAUAACAUGAAAAACAAUAUCUACAAAGCACACUGAACACAACAUGGAUUCCUACACCUCUUUAAAUGGACUGAAUGAUCACCUGCGCCCAGUGUUUUGUCUAUGAAAAGUGACCGAUCAAUACAAAUGCCAGUCUACUUAAGAAAUAAAACACAUCUUCCACAUCUAAGUUUAGUGAAUAGAUCAGACUCUUCUGGUCCUAGUGUUUUGUCCAUGAAGAGCGACCGAUCAAUGCUAAUGCCAAUUCAUCUGAAAAAUGGAUCAAUGGAAAAAAGUUUUCAGCAGGAGAGAUCAGACUCAUCUUCCCCAAGUGUUUUGUCUAUGAAGAGUGACCGAUCAAUGCAAAUACCAAUUCAUCUUAAUGAACCACCUCCACUGAGACUAAGGUAUUCACUAACAAAAUCAUGUCAGCAUGCUGUGAAGACUGGCAGCUUUCCUGGAGAAUUCAUUCAUCAAUAUGAUUCAAAAAGGCCUGGCGUCAAGAUUCAAAGAUUAAAAACAGAAAUAAAAAAGAAGCAUCUGUACAUUUUCGAAGGAUUUGCAAAACAGGGAAACCCAAAACUUCUGAAUGAGAUUUACAUGGAGCUCUACAUCACGGAGGGAGGGAAUGGAGAGAUCAGUAACGAACAUGAAAUAAAAAGAAUAGAAAAAACUUUGAAGGCUGCUGCAGGAGCAACAAUACCAAUCAAAUGUAGUGACAUCUUUAGAGCUUUACCUGGACAAGACAAACCCAUCAGAACUGUGCUGACAAAGGGAGUCGCUGGCAUUGGAAAAACAGUCUCUGUGCAGAAGUUCAUCCUGGACUGGGCUGAAGGGAAAGAGAAUCAGGACGUCCAGCUCUUAUUUCCACUUCCUUUCAGAGAGAUCAAUCUGAUGAAGGACAAAACACUCAGUCUUUCAGAUCUUCUUCAGCUCUUUUUCCCUGAAACAAAAGAAAUAGACAUUUUCAGUGACAAAUAUAAAGUGUUGUUCAUCUUUGAUGGUCUGGACGAGUGUCGUCUGUCUCUGGAUUUUCAGAGCGAUGUGAGGUUGUGUGAUGUAAGUGAAUCAGUCUCAGUGGACGUGCUGCUGACGAACCUCAUUGUGGGGAAUCUGCUUCCCUCUGCUCUCAUCUGGAUCACCUCCAGACCAGCAGCAGCUGAUCUCGUCCCCUCUGAGUGUGUCCAUCGAGUGACAGAGGUACGAGGCUUCAAUGAUCCACAGAAGGAGGAAUACUUCCGGAAGAGAGUCAGUGAUCAGAGUCUGGCCGAUAGGAUCAUCUCACACCUGAAGUCAUCAAGGAGCCUCUUCAUCAUGUGCCACAUCCCAGUGUUCUGCUGGAUCUCAGCCGCUGUUCUGGAGAAGAUGUUGAGUCGAGCAGAGAGUGGAGAGAUUCCCAAGACUCUCACUCAGAUGUACACACACUUCCUGACGGCACAGAUUAACAUCAAAGACACAAAGUACAAUGAGAAGAAGGAGACAGACAAAGAGAUGAUUUUCAAACUAGGGAAACUGGCGUAUGAGCAGCUGGAUAGAGGCAACCUGAUCUUCUAUGAGGAAGACCUGAGAGAGUGUGGCAUUGAUGUGACAGAAGCAUCAGUGUACUCAGGAUUGUGCUCUCAGAUCUUCAGAGAGGAGUUGGGCUUGUAUCAGGGGAAAGUUUUCUGCUUUGUUCAUCUGAGUGUUCAGGAGCAUCUAGCAGCUCUAUAUGUGCAUCUCUCCUUCCACAACAGCAGAAUAAACGUGCUUGAAGCACAUGAAUCUGGAUCGCCGGUGACAAUGUUGAGUUUACACAAGUGUGCAGUUGAAAAAAUUUUAAAAAGUAUGAAUGGAUAUCUUGAUCUUUUCCUUCGAUUCCUGAUUGGACUUUCUCUGGAGUCAAAUCACAGUCUAUUAAAAGGGCUUUUGGUGAAGAAGACUGACAGCUCCCUGGAAAGAGAGAAAACUACUGAGUAUCUCAAGCAAAAGAUAAAAACAAUCCCUUGCUCAGAAUUGGCUCUUGUUUUGUUCCACUGUCUGAAUGAACUCAAAGAUCAUUCCCUCAUUACUGAAAUCCAAAGCUACCUGACCUCUGGAAAACUGAACAGCGAAGCUCUGUCCCCAGAUCUGGCUCUGGUGUACAUCUUAAUGACUUCAAAUGAGAAGUUUGAGGAGUUUGAACUCCAUAAAUAUGGAAGAUCGGACGUGGCUGUGUUCUGGCUGCUUCCUGUGAUCAAGUUAUCGAAAAAGAUUUGGGUGCAUGACUGUGAUAUCACAGAAAUAGGAUGCGCGGUGCUUUCUGCUGUUCUUCCAUCAAUAUCCAAUCUCAGAGAGCUGGACCUGAGCCACAACAACCUGCAGGACUCAGGAGUAGAAAUACUCUGUAUUGGAUUGAAAAGAUCACACUACGACUUAAAAAAAUUAUUGAGGAUCCUGGGUUCUGAUGUCUGUAAACCUGAUCUUCAUUUUAUCGUUCUUCCUACUGCGGGACUAGAGGACACAAAGUGUAGACUGGAAUCACUGAAUCUGAAGAACUGUGGAGUAACAGAAGCAGGCUGUGUUUACCUGAGCAAAGCUCUGAGUUACCCUUCACAUCUGAGAGUGCUGGACCUGAGCUGGAACAACAUUGGAGACUCUGGAGUGAAACAUCUCUGUGCUGCUGUGGUGAAAGUUCACUGUGCAUUGGAAACACUAAAACUUUCAACUUGCAUAAUCAGAACAGAAGGUUUUGGAUCUCUGGCUUCAGUUCUGAGGUCAAACUCUCAUCUGAGAGAACUGGACUUGGGCAACAACAGACCCGGAGAUCAGGGAGCAGAGCUGCUGUCUGCUGUUCUUCAGCAUCCAAACUGCAGACUGAAAACACUGAGGUUGGACAAAUGUGGAAUCACUGAGAGAAGCUGCACUGCUCUGGCUUCAGCUCUCAGCUCAAAGACCUGCAGUCUGACAGAUCUGGAUCUGAGCAUUAAUGAUCUACAAGACUCAGGUGUGAAGAAGCUCUGUGCUGGACUGCAGAAUCCUCACUGUACACUAGAGAAGCUCAGGUUGUCUAACUGUAAUGUAACACAUGAAGGAGUGACAGCAUUGACUGAAGCUCUGAAAUCAAAUCCAUCCCACCUGAAAGAACUUGAUCUUUCUGAGAAUGAUCUGGAAGAAUCAGACUUGAAAGUGCUCUCCAUGAUACUUGACAAAUCAUCAUACAAACUGAAGAAAUAACACUAAAACAAAUGUUUAAAAGAGAACCCUUUAAAAGACUUGAAAAAUGCAUUUAUAUAGCUGUAUGUACAGAACAACAUUGUAAACUUGAGGAUGCCAUGCUUGGUUUACACUAAUGUAAAUAUAUGUGGAUAUGUUGUAUAAUGGAUUUAAUUAUUAUAAAUAUAGAACGCCAACUGUAAACAAUUUCUUUGAAUUUUUAUUUUAUGAACUAGAUACAAAAGAUCAUAAAUAAAGCUCAUAAGUUAGGUGCACCUAAAGGUGGAAAUACAGAAACUGUGAAAUUAAAAGACUUCUCAA